GGGUCCGCUUCUUCAUCCCCGGAGUCGAUCCCCUUCCGCCUCAGUGCGGACCCCAGGCGGGGACACCCCGUAUUGGAAGCCCCCAGACCUCCGUGCACCUGGCUCAACCGGAGUCCUCCGUGUCGGGGCAGGGCAGGUCCGCCGGCGGCGAGCCGGAGCCAGCCCUACGCCCCGGCCCCACCGAACCCUCGGAGCCCACCCAUGGGUCCCCGGCUCCGCGCUCCUCCUCGCCCGGUCGCGCUCAGCCCAGCUCCGGCCGCCGAGCGCAGGAGGAUCCGUACGCAGUGACCCUGGAGGCCCCGCAGACGCCCGAAGACUCGGCGCCCGGAGCGGCAGGCGGUUCUCCGCACCUCCAGGAGCUUCCAGGCAGCCCUCCAAGCCGUGCUCGGGGCCCGGCCCGCUGUUCCCAGCCCCGAGCCAUGAUGAAGACGUUGUCCAGCGGGAACUGCACGCUGAAUGUGCCUGCCAAGAACUCCUACCGCAUGGUGGUGCUGGGUGCCUCCCGCGUGGGCAAGAGCUCCAUCGUCUCCCGCUUCCUCAAUGGCCGCUUUGAAGACCAGUACACGCCUACCAUUGAGGACUUUCAUCGCAAGGUGUACAACAUCCACGGCGACAUGUACCAGCUGGACAUCCUGGACACCUCUGGCAACCAUCCGUUCCCUGCCAUGCGCCGGCUGUCCAUCCUCACAGGAGACGUCUUCAUCCUGGUGUUCAGCCUCGAUAGCCGGGAGUCCUUCGACGAGGUCAAGCGGCUCCAGAAACAGAUCCUGGAGGUCAAGUCUUGCCUGAAGAAUAAGACCAAGGAGGCAGCAGAGCUGCCCAUGGUGAUCUGUGGAAACAAGAAUGACCACGGUGAGCUGUGCCGCCAGGUCCCUGCCGUGGAGGCCGAGCUGCUGGUCUCUGGUGAUGAGAAUUGCGCCUACUUCGAGGUGUCGGCAAAGAAGAAUACGAACGUGAACGAGAUGUUCUAUGUGCUGUUCAGCAUGGCCAAGCUGCCCCACGAGAUGAGCCCGGCGCUGCACCAUAAGAUCUCUGUGCAGUACGGCGAUGCCUUUCACCCCCGGCCUUUCUGCAUGCGCCGCACCAAGGUCGCAGGCGCCUACGGCAUGGUCUCACCCUUCGCCCGCCGCCCCAGUGUCAACAGUGACCUCAAGUACAUCAAGGCCAAGGUCCUACGGGAGGGCCAGGCCCGCGAGAGGGACAAAUGCAGCAUCCAGUGAGAGGCGGGGACAUCAGGGAGGGGCUUGGGCAGUGCCUUAAAGGGAGGUGGUUGAGGAUUCCCACUGCCCACAUCCCACUGGGAGCCCUAGGUGUGUACACUGUGUUAGCCACCUCCUGUGAGUUCUUAUGUCUGUGGCUUCUCUGUGGGAGGACAGAGACACAUCUGGGGACAUGUCAACACUCACGCCGAGACAAGCUUUCAGUGUCCUAACAGUGGGAGGAAUGCAGAAAGGCCAGGAGUCCUGCGUCAGAGCAAGCUGCUCAGUACAAGUCACAGGAUGAGAAUGUCUUAGCUGGAUGUCCCAGCCAGAUUCCCUGGUGGCCUGUGCUCCCUCUCUGUGGACCGGCCUGGUCUCUAUGCCCCUGGAGAAACCACCCUCCUGGGUCUUCAGCUCCUACACUCUGGCCCAGCUGUGUACACCCACCCCCCCCAACUUAACCACUGGCCACUCUGACACUGAGGAGAGAGAGAGAGAGAGAGAGAGAGAGAGAGAGAG